AUGAGUAAAGCCGCAAGAAUUGCAGAAAUGUUUCCUAAUGUUGAUAUAUUAACCAUUCAAGAUCUUCUUGCGGAGCUUCGCACAGAAGAUGAGGUUAUUGAUAGACUUAUUUCAGGAGAUUUUGAAGAGUUCAAAUCAAAGCAAAAGCAACCAGAGAAAAAGCAAUUAUAUGUACAACAGGAUUUAACUCCUAAGUCUGCACCAGUUCAAAAAGUUCAAAAUACAAAUAAUGAAACAAAUAAUGAAAGACCCAUUAGGGAAGAGCGCAAUUUAAAUCAAAGACAGCAGAAAUUCAAACCAGAGCAACAGCAUUAUACCACAAGAAACGAGCAACAAGAAAAUAGAACAAGAACAAAUUCUCAAAAUGAAUAUCCAUCCUUAAAUCAAAACUCACAGAAUUAUGAAAGAAAAGAUUAUCAAAAUCGUAGACCUUACAAUAGACGUGAACAACAACAAACUUAUGUACCUAGAAAAAAAAUAUCAAAUCAAAAUCAGCCAACAACAAUGCCAUCAAUAAAUCAAUCAGAUGUACCAAUUUCUGAACCGAAAUUUGUUUCUCCAAUGCAACUAAAUCCUGUUAUUCUUAAUCAACCAGUUCAAACUCCUCCACAGAUCGAAAACACUUACCAGAAAGGCUUUGAUUCAGUGGUAAAUUCACCGCGCAUGGAUUCUAUUCCUGUUUCUUCCUUUGAAUCAUUUCCACAAACAAUUAGUUCUCCACCAGGCUUUUCUCAGCCAGAAGUUCCACCUUCUCAACCAUUCAUUCAACAGUCAGCUCCUACUCUAUUUUUACCUCCUGAAGUUGCUGGAAUACCAAUAGAUUAUAAUAUUUUCGGAUAUUUCGGGGGACAGAUACCUGUACCACCAUUCCCAAAUAAUAUGAAUCAAGUUUAUUAA